AUGGCCAUUUCAACCUACCCGGCAGUAUUUAUAGCGGGUGUCGGCUUACUUCCAUGCGGGUGGGGGUUCUACUCAGCCCUCCGAAGUCUAGCGAUGGAACUUGCAUCACCAUCGCAAGUGGGUAUUUUGAAUACGGCGAUUGGGUUCGCCCAAAGUGCUGGUUCCAUGGCUUCUGGGCCCAUCCUAGCUACUGCCUUUCGUCGUAGCAUGAAGGAAAAGGGGCUUUUGCUUGGAUUGCCGUAUAUGGUUACCGCUGGUCUAUUCUUUCUAUCCGGUUGCUUAAUAAGUUGUAUUUAG